AUGGCGGACACAUCCCAGCAAGACAUAGGGAAGAGCACCGAGUCUUGGGCCCAAACCGCCUGGGCCCUCUUAGAAUCUGUACGGCGGGGUUCUCCCCUGGUCCAGUGCAUCACGAACUUCGUCUCCAUGGAUCUCGUCGCCAACGUCCUACUCGCCGCCGGCGCGUCUCCGGCGAUGAUACACUCUAUUGAAGAAAUCCCCGAUUUCACCCCCAAGGUUCACGCUCUCUACAUCAACGUGGGAACACUCACUCCGGACUGGCUACCGGCCAUGAAGAUGGCCGCCCAGGUGGCAAACGACUGCCACAAGCCCUGGGUGCUGGACCCCGUGGCCGCCGGAGCCUCCCGUUUCCGCUUGGAGGCUUGUUUGGAGUUGCUGAAAUUGAGGCCUACGGUUGUUAGAGGCAACGGGUCUGAGAUUGUGGCUCUGUUCAAGGCCUCUGUGGAUGAAAAUUCCAAGGGUGUGGACAGUAACCACGAAUCGACUGACACCGUGGAAGCAGCAAAAUGUGUGGCUCGGACGAGCAGAAGCGUGGUGGCUGUGUCGGGGGCUGUGGACAUAGUGACAGACGGUUGGCGGGUGGUUGGUGCCAAAAACGGGGUCCCCAUGCUGCAGAAGGUGACGGCUACGGGGUGUGCGGUCACGGCCCUCAUCGCAGCUUUCGUGGCAGUCGACCCAUUGCGGCCGUUGGAGGCUGCUGCCUCUGCCAUGUCUGUGUUCGGACUUUCAGCCGAGGUGGGCAUGGCCCUGGCUGGAGGCCCAGCCUCUCUGCGUCUGCACUUGGUCGAUGCUCUUUACGGGUUGGAUCAGGCAAGCGUGGAAGCACGGGUGAGGGUGAGCAUCCACAACAGCUGA